AGCUAUUUCAUUUCUUUCUCUAGUUUCCUCUGAAUCUCUGUUCUGUUCUCUGGAAGUGAAACAGGAAAACACCAAAAUCAGAGAAAUGGCUUCUUUCGAUUCCUUCAGCAUGGACGGAGAAGAGGUUCGCCCUGCUCCAAAUAACCAUCCCUUCGACGGAGACGACGAGAGCUACUCAAAUUACGGUUCCUACUCCAACUUCGCUGGUGGAGACUUCCCCGCUGCCGAAGGUGACGUACCGGUGGACAACGUUGCGUCCUCGCCUGAGAUCUUUGGGUUUGGGUCGUCCGAUCCAAAUCCUGACUACUCUGAGCCUCCGUUCGGUACGGUUCACAUGGAAAACGGAAACGGGACCAAUGGUUUUGGAGCUGGAAACGGCAGCGUGUUCGUGUCUGAUGGACCGGUACUUCCGCCUCCUACUGAAAUGGAAUCAGAAGAAGGAUACGCUCUUCGUGAAUGGCGGCGUCAGAAUGCUAUAGUGCUUGAGGAGAAAGAGAAGAGGGAAAAGGAAAUGAGGAACCAGAUUAUUCUAGAAGCUGAGGAGUACAAAAUAGAAUUUUACGAGAAAAGAAAACUCAAUAUUGAGACCAACAAAGCUAACAACAGAGAAAGAGAAAAGCUAUUCUUGGCUAACCAAGAGAAGUUCCAUAAGAGUGCUGAUAAACAGUAUUGGAGUGCAAUAGCAGACCUCAUUCCUCGUGAAGUCCCCAACAUUGAGAAGAAAAGAGGCAAGAAGGACCAAGAUAAGAAGCCAUCAAUAACAGUCAUUCAGGGACCAAAACCUGGAAAACCAACCGAUCUUUCCAGAAUGCGACACAUUCUUUUGAAGCUGAAACACUCACCCCCACCUCACAUGAUGGCGCCACCCCCUGCUCCUGCAAAGGAUACCAAGGAUGCCAAAAACGGAAAAGACACAGCAUCAAAUGGAACCAAGUCUGCUGAGAAAGGUUCACCAGCUUCACCAGUCAAAGAUGCAAACACAAAUGGUUCUUCAGAAGAACCUAAACAAGAGGCCCCUGCCAUUGAAAACCAGCCUGCUCCAGAACCGGAAACAACACCCACAGCUUAAAUUGUGUUGUGAUUUAUUCUAUUCUUUUUGUUCAUCAACCCCAUUUUACACUCUUUUUGUUGAUUUACGGUUGGUUACUUUUCACCUGAGGUACUUACCAUAAAGGAUUAUGUAUUGUUGGCUUCAUUGUGUUUCAUUGAAGUAUUUACUUGCAAACUCUUAUGAUGUUUUAUUGUUGAUCAACUCUUUUGUUAUUUUGGUUGCACUUUUUAUAAAUUGGUAGAAGGUUU